GCGCGUCUACCAGACAGAACCCUGUUUAGCGCCGCCGUCAUAUAUUGCAUACACUUCUAAUUGCUGUUUCUCUCUCGCCUACACAGCUUUGAAUUGAAUUUCAACAUAGCACAUAAGCCGAAUUGCCGCAAACAUGGCGGGCUUCUUCGACAUCAAAGCCAGAAAAGAUGCCGCCGCCGCCGCAAGUUCGUCCAAAGCACCCACCACCAAGCAAGAAACACCUCGCACACAGCCAUGGGUAGAGAAAUACCGGCCCAAAACCCUCUCCGACGUCACCGCCCAAGACCACACCAUCACCGUCCUCCAACGCACCCUCCAAGCCUCCAACCUCCCCCACAUGCUCUACUACGGCCCCCCCGGCACCGGCAAGACAUCCACGAUCCUGGCCCUCGCAAAACAGCUCUACGGCCCCGACCUCAUGCGCACACGCGUCCUCGAACUCAACGCCUCAGACGAGCGCGGCAUCAGCAUCGUGCGCGAGAAAGUCAAAGACUUUGCCCGCAGCCAGCUCUCGAACCCGCCCGCCGGGCCCGCAGGCGUCGAGUACCGCAAAAAGUACCCGGUCCCGCCGUUCAAGAUCAUCAUAUUGGACGAGGCGGACAGCAUGACGCAGGAUGCGCAGAGUGCGCUGCGGCGGACGAUGGAGACGUAUUCGAAGAUUACGCGGUUCUGUCUAGUGUGCAAUUAUGUGACGCGGAUUAUUGAUCCGUUGGCGUCGCGGUGCUCCAAGUUUCGGUUCAAGGCGUUGGAUAGUGUGAAUGCGGCGAAGCGGUUGGAGGAGAUUGCGGGGAAUGAGGGGGUGAUGAUGGAGAAGGGGGUUACGGAUGCGUUGGUGCGGGUGUCAGAGGGGGAUUUGCGGAAGGCUAUCACGUUUCUGCAGAGUGCGGCUAGACUGGUUGGUGCUACACAGGCAGCGAGUGGGAAGGUGAAAGAAGGCGAUGCCAUGGACGUUGAUGGAGAGAGUGGCGCAACUGUUACCGUUGCCAUAAUCGAGGAGAUUUCAGGUGUCAUACCCGAUGACACUAUAUCACGGCUUCAGUCCGCGAUGCAGCCCGGGAAGAAGACCAGUAGAUACAGCUCAGUGGCAAAUGUUGUCACAGACAUGGUGGCUGAUGGUUGGAGCGCUGCUCAAGUUGUGUCACAGCUCUACGAGAAAGUUCUUUACGAUGAGACGAUACCAGACCUACAAAAGGCGAAGAUUACAAUGAUCUUUUCAGAGGUAGAUAAGAGAUUAGUGGACGGUGCAGACGAACAUCUAGCCAUCCUCGAUCUAUCAUUGCGUGUUGCAGAUGUUUUUGCAGAGGAAUAGCAUGCCAUGGACGAAGUACGAAAGAGAUGAUGGGCAGGGAAGGCUUUGUAUGGGCUCUCUGUAAUAUAUGGUAGCUGAAUAUAUACGGCAAGCAUUUUUGCGUAUAGAGAUUAACACCUCCGGGUUGUUUCACCUUAACUAUCCCUAAUCAAAUCCCUUGG